GGUGAGAUGGUCGGUCAACUGUUGUUGGUUGGUCAUCAUCAGACCAGCGCCGAACGCAAGCCCCAAUCACCGACCUACCCAAGGUAGGAGCUACCUUCUGAAGUACCUUAACCAACAGGUUCAAGGUGAUCAAGAGACGCCCUAGAUCUCCGUGCUUGUUGGUGAAAAAUGGACAGAUGCUUUUCUCGUCUUCUUCUUUUUCAUUCUGUAAGCUCACUUGGAAGCUUUCUGUCUGGGCUGAUAUUGAAGAUCGGACCAAGACAUCAUACUCUCGUACCUGAAGUACACAUCUCACUCGACGAGGGUCCGCGAUUAGUGAUCGCGGUCCAAUUGCAAAAUUUUACAGUACUACGCCGUCAACUUGUCAAGGUCAUCAGCCAACAAACUGCAAGGCUGAGCCAGGUACUUGGCUUCGCGCUACAAACCCACCUUACGUGGAAUGGUGGCUGUCAGGCAACGCCUCGUCCCGAGACAGAGUGUAGGCGGCCAAGAUAGGGCUGAAUAUGAUGACACGGAUGGACAACGUUAUCUGUCCCAUCGACCACAAAUUAAGCCUUCUCUACAUACAGCAAAGUUACACAACGGGGAAACAGAAUUAUCCGUUCCGUUGCGCCCCGCUCUCGGGACUUUAACGUUGGGUUGGGGGACAUGGCCAUUAGCGACCUACUCGAAGGCCGAGACACCUUACUGAAACCUCGUGUGGGAGGAUUGAUGGCGGAUGCUGGCUCAUGCUAAUACUGGUGUUGUGUGA